AUGAUGAACGCAAGCAAAAACAAUAGAGAUUCAAUACAAAUGGCAAGCAUUGAAAAUAUUGAAGAGGCAUCCGAGGCUAGAGACAAUUUUCCUGCCUUCCCAACUAUAAAAUAUGUUACGCUUACAUUUAAAAAGGACAAGCUAAAGAAUGAUACAAUGAGAUUAUAUGAAAAAAUUAGACCCUAUAAUCAAGCCAGUGGACUCACAUACACUAAGUUCUAUGGCCAGCUGCAUACAAUGAUUUUAAAUAAUUUAGAAGUCGCAUUCGAUCCAGCUGUUGACCCAUCGCAUAGGGAGCUACUUGAAAACAUUAUAAGAGCAACACUAGAGAAAAAAAUUAUAGAAAAUAACUUGGCUAGUGGCUUAAAUCUAUACGCCCUAGAAAAGGUACAAAUGACCAACAAGGAUUACAUUGACGUAUUUAAAGACGCAAUUAAGGAAUUGGAGCCUUCACGACUAAUCAUAGAUGUAAUGCAGUUCUUUAAUCUAUACUACCAAAACAUUACCCAGCUGACGCAUAUAAACCAAAGAAAUUACUUGAGGCACAUGCACAUGACGAAUAUUCAUGCAGCAAUGUACACUCCGUGCGUCUAUUUAAAGAAAAAAUCCGAUCUGGAGGAAUUCUGCAUGAAAGUGCAUUCAUAUGAGAGGCCCAAGAAAAAGUACAAGCCACACCCAAAGAGUUUUCUGUUUAAAAAACGAGAAAAUGGCGAGUACAAUAUAGACUAUGCACUGAACUUACUUUUUAAUAACAAAAAUGAAAUAGGCAAUUACUAUAGUGGGCACCCAGUGUACCAUCCUUUCACUCUAAGCGAUGAAGACAAAAAACUGCUCGUAACUCUUUUUCAGAACUGGGGCAUGGUAGAGAGAUUUUUCCGCGAUCUCUAUGAGUUAUUGGAUAAAAAGUCAAGCAAGAAAACCAUGAAUGAAAAGUUCCUUGUUGGAAAGGUUUUUUCAACCGGGCAUAUUGCAAGGCCAUCCGACUUUAACCCACAUGUGUACUAUCAAAGCGUUGAACAGAUGCUAGGAAAUACAUUAAAGGAAAUGAAACAUACCACUAAGGAAGAGGCCGCUUAUAUUAAAGACAUGGUACAAGGCUUUAAUAAUUUAAUAAUGGAUACUCCUGUUUUGAUGAGAAAUAAAACUGCUGUGACGAAGAGAAGCACUAGCAGCCGAUUCUCAAGGAUUUUCGGGUUCCUUGGAGGGAUAGGAACAAUUGUUACGCUUGGUACAUUGGCAACUUUUUCUAUGUAUGAGAAUAACUAA